GCUCGGCCGUCACACUGGGGCAUAAGUGAUGCUUCCAAGUCGUAGUCUGAAUCAACCUUAAGUUUAAGCAGAAAGUCAAUCUGAGAUAGAAAAUCAAAUAUAUUUAAAAGUCAGGAUGUGGGAUCAAGGAGGACAGCCUUGGCAGCAGUGGCCCUUGAACCAACAGCAGUGGAUGCAGUCAUUCCAGCACCAACAGGACCCAAGCCAGAUUGACUGGGCUGCAUUGGCUCAAGCUUGGAUUGCUCAAAGAGAAGCUUCAGGACAGCAGAGCAUUGUAGAGCACCCGCCGGGAAUGAUGCCCAACGGACAGGACGCGUCUGCAAUGGAAUCUGGCCCAAACAGUCAUGGGAAUUUUCAAGGGGAUUCAAACUUUAACAGAAUGUGGCAACCAGAAUGGGGAAUGCACCAGCAGCCCCCACACCCCCCUCCAGAUCAGCCAUGGAUGCCACCAACACCAGGCCCAAUGGACAUUGUUCCUCCUUCCGAAGACAGCAACAGUCAGGACAGUGGGGAGUUUGCCCCUGACAACAGGCAUAUAUUUAACCAGAACAAUCACAGCUUUGGUGGACCACCCGAUAAUUUUGCAGUGGGGCCAGUGAACCAGUUUGACUAUCAGCAUGGGGCUGCUUUUGGUCCACCGCAAGGUGGAUUUCAUCCUCCCUAUUGGCAACCAGGACCUCCAGGACCUCCAGCCCCUCCCCAGAAUCGGAGAGAAAGGCCGUCAACCUUCAGGGAUCGGCAGCGUUCACCUAUCACGCUUCCUGUAAAGCAAGAACCGCCACAAAUCGACGCGGUGAAACGCAGAACUCUUCCAGCUUGGAUUCGAGAAGGCCUUGAAAAAAUGGAACGUGAAAAACAGAAGAAGUUGGAGAAAGAAAGAAUGGAACAACAGCGUUCACAGUUGUCCAAGAAAGAAAAGAAGGCCGCCGAUGAUGCUGAAGGAGGUGACGGCCCUCGUUUGCCUCAGAGGAGUAAAUUUGACAGUGAUGAGGAAGAUGAAGACACAGAAAAUGUUGAGGCUGCAAGCAGUGGAAAAGUCACCAGAAGUCCGUCCCCAGUUCCUCAAGAAGAGCACAGUGAGCCGGAGAUGACUGAGGAGGAGAAAGAGUAUCAGAUGAUGUUACUGACAAAAACGCUUCUGACUGAAAUUCUGCUGGACGUCACAGAUGAAGAGAUUUAUUAUGUGGCCAAAGAUGCACAUCGGAAAGCAACGAAAGGUGGGCUGGGCGGCUAUGGAUCAGGAGACAGUGAGGACAACGAGAGAAGCGGCAGCGGCUCUGAGUCAUCUGACACUGAUGACGAGGAAUUACGGCACCGAAUCCGGCAAAAACAGGAAGCCUUUUGGAGGAAAGAGAAAGAACAGCAACUGUUGCAUGAUAAACAGAUGGAAGAAGAAAAGCAGCAAACAGAAAGAGUCGCAAAAGAGAUGAAUGAAUAUGCCCACAAAGAGCAAAAUAGUUUAUUAUUACUAGACGCGAGAGAAGCAGGUGGUGAUUUGGUUAAUGAGAAGAAGAGAACCUCCAAUGAAAUCACGCCAGGUUUAGAACUCAAAAAGGAGCAGAGAGAGAAAGAGAAGCAGGGAAGGAGCAGGUCAGGGAGCUCUAGCAGCGGCAGUUCCAGCAGCAAUAGUGGAACGAGUAGCGCUAGUAGCACCGCCUCCAGUUCCUCAUACAGUUCCAGCUCAGGCAGCAGUCGCACUUCUUCUAGGUCGUCUUCUCCGAAAAGGAAAAAAAGACAUAGCAGGAGCAGGUCUCCGGCAGCCAAAACCAGGCGCAGCAGGAGUAGAAGUGACUCUCGGAGAAUUAAAAUGGAGAGCAGUCGGGCGAGAGUAAAGGUCAGGGACAGGAGGAGGCCCGGUACGAGUAGCGUGGAAAGGGACAGGAGGAGGAACCACAGUCCUUCCCGAGAGAGACGGAGAAGUAGAAGCCCAAGUCGCUCGCGGGACAGGCGACCCAGCCGUUCCAGCCGCAGCAGGAGUGGAGAGCGGCGCAAAGCCGAUGCUCAGCGCGGAGAUCUUAGUGGGGGCGGCCCCAAGCGCAAGGGGGGGGAUAGAGAGCAAGAGAGGAAGCAGGAGAGGGGUCGGAGCGCAGACAGAGAGAGGAGGAAGACAGACAAAGAAAGGGAGCGCGAGCAGGAUAAAAGGAGAGAGAGACCAAAGAGGGAAGAGAAGGAUUAUAAAUUCAGUAGUCCAGACGACAGGCUAAAAAGGAAGCGGGAAAGCGAAAGAGCGUUUUCUAGGAGCGGGCCAGUGUCCGUGAAGGCCGUCAGGCGCGAUUCCAGACAGGGUGACAAAACCAGUGCUGCCAAAGGUAGCGAGAGGCUCUCACGCUCUGAUUCUAGUGGGAGGAGCAGUUCUGACUCUCCAGGAAGUAGCAAGGAAAAGAAGUCUAAGAAGCCUAAGCAUAGUCGCUCGAGAUCCCUGGAGAAAUCCCAAAGGUCUGGUAAGAAGGCAAGCCGCAAACACAAGUCUAAGUCCCGAUCAAGGUAGUAUACUUUUUAAAGUAUUCUGUCUGAUUAAAAAAAAACCAAACAUUGACUGAAUUUAUGCAAAGUUGCAAGUGUCCUUUCUCUCUUUCUCUCUAAUAGACUCAGUUUGGUACUUGAUAAAUGAUCAUAAACUUAAGUAAUUUUAGAAAUCCUAUAUAAUAGUAUUUAUUUUUAAAUUGCAGAUUCUUUAGCUUAAAAUACAUGUUUAUUUUUAAAUUUUGUCUUUUCCCUUCUUUUUCAGAUCAGCAACGCCUCCCCGUCGUAAGCGCUGAGGAAUGAAGUGGCAAGAGUGCUGUGAUGUUUAAAAAAUUCCAUGAGUUUUAAGGGCUUGUCUCAUUAUAGAGGCACAUUGUGGCUGUGUAGGUGAAACCAGAAUCUUUUUUUUUUUUUUAAAUCUGUAAAUAGGUGCAUUUUUUUUUCAAAUGCUGCUCCAAGUUACUUAAUAGGAUUUCUUUGUACUGCUUUCCCCCCCCCCAGAAAAUAGUGCAUAAUAAGACUAUAAAAAAUGACAUUCUCUUUGAGCUGUAAUGUUACUAAAAUUAUUCUCAAAUGUACUGUGAUGUCAAUAAAGCUCUUUAGUUCAUUUUUGUUAA